AUGGAGUCGAGCAUGUACAACAACCUGCGGAAGCUAAUCACCGUGAUCGACGAACUGAGGGAUAUUGGACUGCAGAAGUACAUCAACCUGCCGAGAAUAUGUGUGGUAGGUACGCAGAGCAGCGGCAAGAGCAGUGUGCUCGAAUCAAUAGUCGGGCUGGAUUUCCUCCCCAGAGGUGAAGGUAUAGUCACCAGGAGGCCCAUAGAAUUCAGGCUCAUCCACAUAAAGGAAGAUAGCGAAAUUAAACACUGGGCCAUAUUCGAAGAUGAUAAAAGUAAAAAGUUCACAGAUUUUAACAAAGUAAGGGAGCACAUAAACAACUUAACGGAUGAACUAGCUGGAAAAAAUAAAGGAAUUAUAGAUGAGCCAAUUGUACUGAAUAUAUACUCGACUAGUUGCCCAGAUUUAUCACUCAUAGAUCUUCCGGGGAUUACAAGAGUACCUCUUAAAAAUUCUGAUCAGACAGAUGACAUCGAAAGGCUAACAAGAGAAAUGGCAUUUCGUUAUGUCAAAGACCCCAGGACAAUUAUCUUGGCCGUGUUACCAGCCAAUGCAGAUAUGUCAACAAGUGAUGCUUUACAAAUAGCGAGGAAGGUUGAUCCAAAAGGGUUGAGAACGAUAGGUGUAAUUACAAAAAUUGAUUUAAUGGACAAAGGAGCGGAUGCAAGUAAGAUGUUAAUGAAUGAUGAAAUUACCCUCCGGUUAGGUUACACAGGAGUGGUAAACAGAUCUACAGCAGACAUUAAAAGUGGAAAAUCAAUAGCCCAAUCGUUGAAGGACGAAUUAAAAUUUUUCCAAAACCAUCCAGUGUAUAAGAAGUUACCUCCAACACUUUACGGUACCACAUCACUAACGGAUAAAUUAACUAAAGUACUUCUCAGACAUAUCAAAAAUUUUCUCCCUGAUAUUAAAAUCGAAAUAAAUGAUAAAAUAAGGCUCAUUAAUGACAAGUUGUAUGAACUAGGAACCAACGUGCCCCUGGACGCAACGAAAAAGACUCAGCUCCUAUGGUCCAUGAUUACAGAUUAUUGUGAAAUAUUUAAAAAUACAUUAAAGGGUAAAUAUGAUAAGAGGUUACAGGUUUUUAUAGAAAAUAAUGACAUAAUUUGUGGACUCAAAGUAAGAAGCAUUUUUAACGAAUUCUUGGAUGAAUACGUAGGAAAAAAUGUAACAAGCGAACUUACUGAUAACGAUAUUGAUGAUGCCAUAUGUUUACAUGAAGGAGAUAGUUUGCCAGGUUUCCCUUCCCCCGAUACAUUUGAAUUCUUAAUUUUACCACAUCUAAAAAAAAUUAACGCACCAGUAUUUCACUGUCUAGAUAAAGUUACUCAGACCUUAGAAAUAUUAUCACAAAAAAUAGCCAAUCGAGUUUUAGCAAGAUUUCCGAAAUUAUCUGAACAGGUCCUAGAUCUAUCUCAAACAAUACUCCUCAGGGAAAAAGAAAACACACAUAAUAUACUAGAGAAUUUUAUCGACGCAGAAACCAAUUAUCUCUUCACGAACGAUUCUUCCUACCUGAUAGAACACGGAAGUAUAAUUAAUGCCAAUGAAGAUGAUCCAAACAACGAAAGUACAACUCAAGAUUUUAAUUCUCAACAAAGGUUACAAAACAAAAGACAACAAUCCAAUAUCUCCAACUCAAAUAUAGAUAAUAAUAAUAUGCAAAGUAAGUACUACUCUAAUAUGAUGAGCGACCAAGAGUAUAUCACUGGUAAAGCUGCAAAGUUUGUUAGCACAGCUCAAAAAUCGGUUAUGAAUAUGUGGAACGCAAAAGAAAAAAAAAAGACCAGAUACAAUGCUCAGUUUAUUCAAGAAAUCAGACGAAGGUUAGAUUGUUAUUUUAACAUUGUCCUACGCAAUGUUAGAGAUAGUGUCCCCAAAAUUAUCGGUUACUUCCUCAUUAGGAAAUUACAAGAAAAAAUGCAAUUUGAGUUAUAUUCUGAUUUAAACAGUGAGCAGAAGUUAUACGAUCUGUUAAAUGAGCCUCCUCAUGUUGUUAAGGAAAGGGAACACCUCAAUAGGCAGCUGGAUAUUCUCAAAAAAGCAAAUCAGGUUCUCAUGAAGGAUCCCAAUAUCACCUCCAUCAACUUGGAUCUCUUUGACGCCAAUUAUGAACAGGACCUAAUCGAAUUCCAGAAAAGCUUAAAAACGAACAAUGUGCAAUCUGCAGCCCAGACAUACAAGCAAACCAUCAGCUCCUCACAAGGCAGCAUGCACAGCAUGGGCGAUGGUCCUUCCAUCAGCAAACGUAACCCAAUGAUGCAAAACAGGAACGCCUCUCCCACCUCGAUGAAUUCAAAUACCAUGAAAUCCAGCGGCAUGAUGAAUCAGAAGAUGCCCUCCUCGACCUACAUGCAACAGAAUCUGCUGAACGAUUCCAAGGGAAAGCAUUUAUUCGAAAAGGAGCCCAUGAAAAAAAAGGUGCAGUACAAUCCUCUGUUUGAUUAG